UCGCGAUAUUUCAGUCGAGCUGGCGUUUGUGAGAAGUGAGUCUCGCCGAGCUCGGAAGUUUGACGCAGAAUUUUCCCUGUUUGUCGGACUUUAUUUUGACAGUCUGAGUUAAAUACGAUUCAUUUAAAUCACUCAACGAGCUUAAGAAACAUAAAGGAUGGAUAAAGGAAAGUGAAAGCUGUGUUUUUAGACACCAACGUACGCUUCCGUGCGGAUAUUGAGCAGCAUGUCUCUUCAUGCUGUUGAAGAAGCUGUCAAGAUGUGCAAAGCUGAAGAAUCAAGACUCACUGAAAACAUCAGGCAGUGCAAGGAGAUUUUGCUCUCAAUGAGAACACGUGUGAAAGAAACCAGUGAGUUGGAAACUGCUUCAGCCAUCAGUACUGAAGAUGAUAUUCCACCUGAAGAAAAACAAGAAAUUGAAUUGUUGGAGCUGGUUUUAAAAAAAGCGCUGAAAAUCCGCAGCACAUCUGAGGGUCAUAAAGAACUUCACGCUGACAGCAACCAAAAAAUACAGAAAAAUAAAGCACUCAUUAAUUAUACUGUUAAAGAAGGAGAUAAAAGAAAACCAGUGAAAUCUUUCCCCCCCUCGGAGACGUGCAAAAAACCCAAUCAUCACAGACGAGCAGCCGGAGGGAACGUGUCCCACGGGUCCGUUCUCGUCCGGAAAGGACCGACUGGAGACAAAGGAAGGCCGACAGUCCCAAAGAGCGCUCCAGGGAAGAUCUGCUCCGCAGGAUCCCAGCAGAAGAUGUGUGUCAAAGCCACUAAUGCUAAACAGUCUUCCCCAUCGGUCUCCUGCCAAGAUGGGAAAUUCACAACAGGAAAUGUGCAGUCUAAUGCACAAUGGAUAUCGUCUCCUUUGUUACCAGUCUGGCGAGCACAGAGAACAAAGCAGAUCCGAUUGUGGAAAAAAGUAUUGAGCCAGCAAUCAAAGCCCGUACCAGAGAGAGCUCAAUUUACUGAGAGACUGCAGGGAACUUUCCCAUCAGAAUGGCCUUCCAGAUGUCCUGCUGAUAUCACAACAGAUCUGGACGUGCUUUCACAGCGUUGUCUUGACCUGACGCACAGUUUCCAAGCUGAGCAGAGCUGCUCCACAGACUCGGACUCAGGGACAUCACAUGAGAGAGAAUAUGAGUCCUUGCGGAUGCUGGAGGGUUUGGAGAGGAUGACGGCAGAACUUCCUACAUGUGCUGAUCAGCUGAAGAAAGACUGGGAGAGGUGGGAUAAGAGGAGCUCUGGAGCUUUCUGUCCCAUCCGGAGGAGAGGUGAAUGGGGUGACCCCAUAUCCUGUCUGCCGCCCAUCCUGUCAUACAACAGUGAGGCUGAACUGAGAGAGCUGGAAAGCCGAAGGCUCAGAGUAGAACAACUUCAGCAGGCCGUUCAUCUUCAAAAGGCAAUGUCCGAUAACCUUGUGUCUUUCUGGGACUCUCAUUCCGGUAACGAGCAACCGAGUGCCGUGGUUCUGCGUGGUCUGUACUCGCUGCUGGCGGAGGGAGGGGUUCAGUUCCCGUCACUGGUUUUGGAUUCAGAGUGAGAUUGAGCAAAAACAAGACUGAAUUUCAGGGUCAGUUCACAAAAUUCCUUGAAGCACAGCUGGGAAGUGUUCCACACAAAACUGUUCUCCAGAACUCUUAUUCUGAGAGAAACUCUUUGCGUUUCAGCACUAAGCGUGUUCGCUUUGUGCAUUUGCCUCGGAUAUUUAACAAAGUUUUGAUCAGUCACACGACUGGAGACGUGAUCAGCGAGUGCAGCUGCUGCUAAAAAACACAAAUAAAGCUUCCAGCUGAUGACUCUCAUCAUCCAUGAGUCAGGAUUUCAUUUCAUUGUCAUACUCCUCCAUCCCACAUCUGUCACUGAGUGGCAAAAGUUUAUUUGGCUCUCUGAUGAGUUCUUCCUGUUUGCAUUCAUUACUCUGAGCCUCAACGUGCCAAACCGCCGGCAUCUUUUGAAUACCAAUACCGUGCGUCCUUGUGAGGCCUGUGGUGUUGUGUUUUGCCAGCAGAGGGUGAUGUGUUCUUGAUGCUGUCCUGAACAUCUUCCAGAGUCUCUAUUGACAGCAUCUGUGGCAUGACGUCUGUUAGGACUGAAAGUAAUUUAAACUCAUCCCUCACUUUAUAAAAGCAAACAAUGAUUGUGUUUAUGCUCUAAUGCACUAGUAAUGGAUGUCUAGACGUUUCCGAGCCCCAUCACGAAUUCAAAAAUGUGUUAUUCGAUCUAUAAAGUGUCUAAAUCGCCCCUCUGGGUGUUACUGACGCAAGUACUGUUUGGAUUUGUGUCUGUGUAAACAGUCUAGGAUAAUAUCCUUGUACAUAUAGGCCAAUGUGAAAGUUUUAUCUCACAUCAUCAGAACAGGAAUUAUUGGAUAUAACUUUGCACAGAGAGUGUUUUUUGAUAAGAUUAGCAAGUUUUGUUCUAUAUUUCUGAACCCGUGUGUAUUUUAAUGUUUAUUCCGGUGCAUUGCCUUGCCCUAUAUAGAAUUGUUAGUGCAUUAGCAUAAAUGUGUCCAUUGAGUACCUCAGGGAUGACGUGCUUUUGUAUGCAAAACCCAGAAGUGUGUUAGCAUUUUAGGACUUCCGGUUCCAUCGCCCCGAAGUCUAUGGGUUUUUUGAAUGGGUUUUUGCUAAAUCGCCUGAAAUAAGGUCUGAGGUAAACAAAGCCUUUUAAUAUUUUCAUGUUUUGAUC